GUGGUCGUCCGCGGCAACCGAGCGGCGGUGGCCAUGGCGUCGGGCGGCUCCCCCGCGGACCGGCUCCCCCCGCCGUUCCCCGGCGCCGAGGUGGCCAACGCCCCCUCCGCCGACAGCGACUCGGACGGGGAGGACAUUUUCACCGGCAGCGCUAGUAAGCCGAUGUCUCCUAAGAAGGCGUCUCCUGUACCAGUAAGAAACAGUUCCACAGCAAAUGGUGUCCACGAAGACCAAGAUGAUCAGGAUUUAUUUGCAGAUGCCACGGUAGAGCUGUCUCUGGAUAGCGCACAGAACAGCCAGAAGAAGGAGACAGCCACUGUGUUUAGUCCCACCCCUUCUCUAGAGAGAACAGCAAAUUCAUCAUCUGUGCACCAGUCCAAAACCUAUGAGGAGCUGGAAGAAGAAGAGCAGGAAGACCAGUUUGAGCUUACAGUGGGAGUGAGCGAUCCAGAGAAAAUUGGGGAUGGCAUGAAUGCCUAUGUAGCCUACAAGGUGUCAACACAGACCACUUUGCCAAUGUUCAGGAGCAAGCAGUUCUCAGUGAAAAGGAGAUUCAGUGACUUCUUGGGCUUGUAUGAGAAACUGUCAGAGAAACACGCGCAGAAUGGAGUCAUUGUCCCACCUCCUCCUGAGAAGAGCUUAAUAGGAAUGACCAAAGUAAAAGUUGGGAAAGAAGACUCCUCCUCCACAGAAUUCUUAGAAAAAAGACGAGCCGCUUUGGAAAGGUAUCUUCAAAGAACCGUCAAUCACCCCACCAUGCUGCAAGACCCCGACGUGCGGGAAUUCUUGGAAAAAGAUGAGCUGCCCCGAGCAGUCAGCACCCAAACGCUAAGCGGAGCCGGCUUGCUGAAGAUGUUCAACAAAGCUACGGAUGCCGUCAGCAAGAUGACCAUCAAGAUGAAUGAAUCCGACAUCUGGUUUGAAGAGAAACUCCAGGAGGUGGAGUGUGAAGAGCAGCGCCUACGGAAACUACACGCCGCUGUAGAGCUGCUAGUUAACCACAGGAAAGAACUGUCGGUGAAUACAGCUCAGUUUGCCAAGAGCUUGGCUAUGCUGGGGAGUUCCGAGGACAACACGGCCCUGUCCCGGGCACUUUCCCAGCUGGCAGAGGUGGAGGAAAAGAUUGAGCAGCUGCACCAGGAGCAAGCCAGCAACGACUUCUUCCUCUUGGCCGAGUUGCUGAGUGACUACAUCCGCCUCCUUUCGGUCGUCAGGGGGGCCUUUGACCAGCGAAUGAAGACCUGGCAGCGUUGGCAGGAUGCUCAGAUCAUGCUGCAAAAGAAGCGGGAGACGGAGGCCCGGCUGCUGUGGGCCAACAAACCUGACAAGCUGCAGCAAGCCAAAGAGGAGAUCUCGGAGUGGGAAUCGCGUGUGACGCAGUACGAACGGGACUUUGAGCGGAUCUCAGCAGUUCUCCGCAAAGAGGUGUUGCGAUUUGAGAGAGAAAAAACAAAGGACUUCCGAACCAACGUGACUAAGUAUCUGGAGACCCUAUUGCAUUCACAGCAACAGCUUGUCAAAUACUGGGACGCGUUCUUGCCGGAGGCGAAGGCCAUCUCCUAACCAGAGCAGCAAACGCCCCCUCCCGGACUGACUGCCUUUACUACGUUAUACCUCCUUGGCCUUUCAGAUGGAGCCCCCUUGCCCCUCCCCAGAGCUGAUAGACUCAAUCUCCUGAAAGAGCAGCUUUCCCAGCCUAGUAUCUCUUCUUAACUGUAUAUUUUUUCAUUUAGGUUCAUAUGCACACACACAUAUAUAUAUAUAUAUUUUCUUAUUUGAAGAGAAACUAGUUUCCUGCUUAAAAUGUCAAGGCCUGCCAUUGGUAACAGAGCUUUGGGCUGGGGUUUAAUGUGUAUUUUUCUGACUUUGGUAUCAGGCCCAGGAAAAGCUUCCUGUGACUCCUGCCGUGCCAUGAAGACGACUGUAUAAUAAAACUUAAAAU